AUGAGAUUUAACUACAACUGCAGACACUAUACAGCAUACAAAUCGACAAAACAAUGUGCUGCACUAAUGGCCCAUGAAUAUUUUGAGCUUUGGGCAAUGAGUGUACCACCACAAAAAUAUUUAAAUUCUCCCUUUAAAUCUGCUUUCAUGCUGAAUGCAACCGCAAACGGAAAUUUAUCUAGCGAUUAA